AUGACCGAAAGGACCAGAGACCAGACCACCAUGGCCCCUCGUGGGCUGGCCCUGCUCCCAAAGUUAGUAGUAGCAGACUUGCAAAGAAAAAUCAGAGAGGCGUUUGAAGUGUUUGACCAUGAGCUGAAUAAUACAGUGGAUGUGAGAGAGAUCGGCACCAUCAUCAGGUCCCUGGGAUGCUGCCCGAACGAAGGGGAGCUGCAUGAUCUGAUUGCAGAGGUAGAGGAAGAAGAACCCACUGGAUACAUUCGAUUUGAAAAGUUUCUUCCAGUGAUGACCAAUAUACUAGUGGAAAAAAGAUACAGACCAAUUCCAGAAGAAAUCCUUCUUCAAGCUUUUGAGGUAUUAGAUCCAACUAAACGUGGAUUUCUUUCUAAGGAAGAACUGAUCAAGUAUAUGACUGAAGAAGGUGAGCCCUUUUCUCAGGAGGAAAUGGAAGAAAUGCUGUCUGCUGCAAUUGGCCCAGAAUCGAAUUUCAUUCAUUACAGGGACUACAUAACCAUGAUGGUGAUAGAUGAAAAUUAAACACUCUGAAGGCUCACUUUCUAAUUGAAAGGAUAAUUUUUAAAAAUUGCUUAUCUUUGUUCAUUUCACAUUAUAUCUUACAAUUCCUUAAUAUGCUAGUCAAUUUCUCAUGACAACUAUUUCAAGAUAUUCUAUUUUUUAAAAGAUGAUCAUAACAAUUUAAAACAAGUUUAUUUGAUAUGUCUUGCAUUGUGGGAUGACAAAUUGCUAAUUAUUUAAAAACUAUUUUUAAAACACUUUAACAUUA